CCCCACUCAGCACUUCGCCCGCGUUCCAUCCAGGUCCAAAGUCGAAUCAUACUAUCAGAAAAAGACAGGAAACUCGCGAGCCAUCCGAUACGCACACGCCAGACGAGGACGUUACGACAAUCGCCGCGGCGCCGCCGAGGCUGACCAUCGAGCGACCGCCGCGCCGAUGGCCACCCCCGCGUCCCGCCGCCGGCCCACCUUCGCCGGCGCCACCACCACCGCGGAGGCCCUGCGCGUGCUGCUCGCCCUGGCUGUGCUCUACGGCGCCAUGUCCCUCCUCGUCUACCGCGUCAUCCACAUGCGCCACGUUGCCCCGCUCGGCCCGGACGCGCCGCCGGGCGAAUUCUCCGAGGGCCGCGUGCUCCAGCACCUCCGCCGCCUCGUCGUCGACAUCCCUGGCCGUCAGGAGGGGACUCCGGGGUUGGAGGCCGCGGCGCAGUACAUCAAGGGGCAGCUCCAGGGGCUCGCUGCGCGCGCUGGGCCCGAGUACAGAAUAGAGGUUGAAGAAACACUUGUUAGUGGCUCUUUCAGCAUGAUGUUCUUACGUCACAGAGUAACUCUAGGCUACAGAAAUCAUAAGAAUAUUGUUAUGAGGAUUUCAUCAAAUGUUUCAGAAGAUGAUGAACCAUCUCUUUUGGUGAAUGGACACUAUGACAGUCCACUUGGAUCUCCUGGUGCAGCAGACUGUGGUUCCUGUGUUGCAUCUAUGCUUGAGCUAUCACGACUAAUCCUUGAUUCUGGGUGGGUCCCUCCUCGACCAGUGAUCUUCCUUUUCAAUGGUGCGGAAGAACUUUUUCUUUUGGGUUCGCAUGGUUUCAUAAAGACACAUAAAUGGAACAACACAAUUGGUGCUUUCAUUAACAUCGAAGCUUCUGGAAGUGGGGGUGCUGAUUUAGUUUGUCAAUCUGGACCAGGAUCUUGGCCUUCUCGUAUUUAUGCUCAGACCGCAAAGUAUCCUAUGGCAAAUAGUGUUGCUCAGGAUAUGUUUGGAAUAAUUCCAGGUGAUACAGAUUAUAGGAUAUUUGCUGAAGACAUUGCUAACAUCCCGGGACUUGAUAUUAUCUUUGUUCUGGGUGGUUAUUUUUAUCAUACUUCUUAUGAUACACUGGAGAACCUGUUUCCUGGAAGUAUUCAAGCACGUGGUGAAAAUUUAUUUAACCUAGUAAAGGCUUUCACAAAUUCUUCCAUGCUGCUAAAAGAGAGUGAUGCAUCCAGCAAGGCUGUGCAGGAUGGAAUAGACGAUCAGAGAGCUAUAUUCUUUGAUUACUUGACUUGGUUCAUGGUCUUUUAUCCACGCAAUCUCUCUCUGAUUCUACACAGUCUCCCUGUAGCUGUCUUCCUUCUUGCACCUCUGUUCCUGAACUUCCCAAAUAUUACCUUCAUGUCAUGGUUUCUGACUGUUCUGGAUUUAUUGAAAGGAAUGUUGCUUCAUGCAUUUUGUGUCAUCCUUGCAAUAGUCAUCCCUGCUAUGGCAGCAGGCCUAAGAUUGUUAUUCACGAAGAAUGCAAUGAAUUGGUUUGCUCACCCUUAUUUGGCUUUUCUUAUGUUUGUCCCAACUUCAUUGGUCGGUUUAUUUCUGCCAAGGAUUAUAUGGGGCUUAUCAGAGCAAUCGCACUUUUGGGGUGCUUUUGGGCUCUAUUCUCUAAUAACUUUGGCUUACAUGCUAGCUGGUCUGAGUGGAGGUUUUCUAACAUUUUUCAUUUCCAUGUCCAUUCUUCUUGGGCGAUCUAUCUCUAGCAUCAGCAGGAAGCAGUGGAGCCUACAAUCACCCAAGUCAUUGUUUGGAUAUGUGAUACCAAUGAUCCCGUGCAUCCUUUAUUGUCUUUACUAUGGCGGCUUCCUUAUCCAGUUUUUGAUUGAAAAGAUGGGAAUGAUGGGAUCUCUUCCCAAACCAUAUGGAUAUUUUGUGCCUGAUGUUAUUGUUGGAGCUGUGGUUGGAUUGGUUGUGGGUUGGUGUUUUGGUCCACUAGCACCCAUUGCUAGCCGUUGGUUGGCCAAGACAUCCAUUCUCCAGGGCUUCUUGCAAAUUACAGUGGUUGCUUUGGCUAUCUCAUCCCAAAUAUUUCCUUACAGCACUGGAGCACCAAAACGAGUUGUUCUUCAACACACCUUUGUUACAGAUGCUAAUAGCAUUGUGGAGUCAAACUAUGGUUUCUCAGUUGUCGAUGCUAAUUCAUUGGAGUUCCUUUUCAACAACGCACCUGAGGCAGCCAAAUGGCUAAAGGAUAACUCGAAGUUAUCCUUCAAAGAAAAAUAUCUGUCUGAUAGAAGCUCCUGGGUGGCUUUAUAUCCUGUCCCUUUCUUGUUCUCUGGGAGUUUGAAGUUUCCUGCACAGACUGAAGAGAUUAGAAAGCACUACCAGCAUUUCCCUCAGCUAAUUGUACAGAAGACGUUGAGUAACAAUGGAAAUCGAAGGGUGCAUCUCGAGCUUUCACUUGGUUCAUUAUUGGAGAUUUGGACCACUUCACUCAAUAUUACUGGGCCUCUGUCAAAUUGGUCCUUUGCUGAUUACACACUUUCAGCUCCCCAAACUGUAAGUGGUGGACCACCGUCAUAUAUCUGUCGACUUAGUGGAAAAAGUUAUGAGAAUUGGUCUUUCUGGUUGGAGGCCAAUUCUUCUGAACCACUGAGAAUUGAUGUAGCUGUACUCGACCAGUAUCUCGUUGAUAGUACAAAGGAAUUAAAGAGCCUCUUCCCAAGUUGGGCAGAUAUGACUGUCUUCACCACAUUUUUCUCAACAUAUCAUUUGUAAGAUCGCGUAUAAUUGUAAAUUUGUUAUUUAGGAGGUGGAAAUGAAAUAGGCAGGUUGCAUUUUGGGGGUGCUUUCUUCUCCCCAGUGGGUGGUGUUAAGCUUGACGUGGCCAUAUUUGUAAUAUUGUGGCAACAAUUACGUAAGAUAUAGCAGUUUGAAAAAGGAAUGGGAAAACAUAUAGUGGUGGCUUACAUUUUUCAACAGUGGGACAGGUUGUCUGUCCCAAUGAAAUUAUCAGCUCCUAUUUGUACUGUACUGUAGUUAAGCUAGGAAACAACUGUACAAUGUUCAAAGGUUCCCAGGACUGUAAAUCCUCGUUUGUGUGGCUAGAGCAAACAAACAGGUGCGAAAGCCAUUGCGUGUUAGCACAUCGGCUUUCUUGCUGGUAACACCCACCGGUGGUGAUUCUGAUC